UCUUGAUACGACACCUACCGCGUUAGCGCACGCGAUGCGAGUGCGUCGUUAGGUCGACACCUAUCGCGUUAAAUAAAAAAAGUGCUGAGUGAUACAAAAAUUCCAUUACAUACCCUUUAUAAAUUACUGUUUGUUUGUGCGAACAACUCGUCAACGUUGAUAUUUAUUUACUGUAUCUUAACAUUUCAUGUUUCGAGAAUGAUAGUGCAACGAACUUUUCUAUUCGCGUUCUUUAUACAUGUACAUUUUUCACGUGGCUUCACGAAAGAUGACGAGAUUUGUUAUCAUCCACGUGUCAAUAUUCACACCGAAUGCGACUUUGCGGAAAGUCGACAACGUCUCGUCUGUUUUAACGGUUUUAAAGAUGAAUGGAGAGCAAGGAUUAAAGAUGUUCAAGUACUUAUUCUUUGCGUAUGGCCAAAGGCAAUGUUUGAUCCACAAGAGAUUCUACGGGGAUUCACAUUCUUACGAAAGUUAAUAAUCGCGAACAGUAACUUAACUCAAUUAUCCACUGCAUUUCCGAGCGAAAUGCAAUUUCUGGAGAAAAUCAAUGUGACCGGCACCAAACUACGUUUACUACCGAACCAUGCGUUCUCUAAUCUGCGGACUUUGAGAUGCCUCGAUUUAAGAAACAAUGCUCUCGAAGAGAUCAGUAUUACGGUUUUUGAUGUACCUACGUUAGAAGAUAUUUAUCUGACCGGUAAUCCAUUGAGAUGUACGGAAGAUGUAGCGUGGAUUUUGGACUCCAGUGAAGGAUCAGCCGCGAGUAAAGUCGUCGACAAAGACAAAUUACUUUGCGCCACGCCGCAUGAUGGAAGACCGCUUGUCCCGGUUGUCAAGAUAAUCGUGACAUUGAAGGAGGAAUGCAAAGAGACUGUUUGUGAUUGCGAAUUGAUUUACGUUACACCUCCAGGCGAACUUACGCAGAGACAGCUUAUAGUUUUUAUUUCAGUCAAUUGUAGUCAUCGCGGUCUAACAGAAAUGCCCGAAUUUUUACCCACAGAUACAAACAUUCUUCAUCUAAGUGGAAAUAAGAUCAAGGACCUAACUCCGCUUGCGACAAAUCCCGCUUACAAGUCCCUGUUAGACCUCUACAUAGACGAUAAUCUGGUAGAAUCUAUCGCUCGCUUAGAAGGAUCAGACUGGCUGGACCAUUUCCGACGCCUUAAUCUUCGAGGGAAUAAACUUACCGAUUUGCCUACUUAUGCUCUGGAGAAUGCAUUGUUGCACAAUAGAAAUGCAGCUAAUCUGUAUCUCGGCAAUAAUUCAUGGACGUGCGACUGUCACUUUACACCGGGCUUUCAGGAUCUUCUGAUCAGGCAUCCAAAUAUAAUAAAAGACAUCAACGACAUAAGAUGCGCUUUUACGAGUGACAACGAUAACUCAAACAAACAGAUUCGUGAUCUUAAGCGGACAGAGAUCUGCAUUUUACCAGAAGACUCUUGGCUUCAUCCUCUCGACAUCUUGAACAUCAUAUUGGCGUCAUUAAUAUUCCUCGUGCUUGGCAAGCUUUUGUAUGAUUAUUGGUCUUUUAAGAAAACCGGAAAGCUACCUUGGAUCGUCGCCAAAAUACCAUGAUAGCGGUACAAGUGCCUCUUGCAAAAGAGUGUUUGAACGGUCGAGUGUUUGAUCAUUAAGAGUAGCAAUGAAAAUUGUAAUGAAGGGAUGAAUAUACCUGCAUUAAAAUAUUAUUUUAUUUACAAA